UGCCCGCUGCAUCAUGGCUCCGGGUCCCUUCUCCUCGGCGCUCCUCUCGCCGCCCCCCGCUGCCCUACCUUUUCUGUUGCUGCUCUGGGCAGGGGCCUCUCGCGGCCAGCCCUGCCCCGGCCGCUGCAUCUGCCAGAACGUGGCACCCACGCUGACCAUGCUGUGCGCCAAGACCGGCUUGCUGUUUGUGCCGCCGGCCAUCGACCGGCGCGUGGUGGAGCUGCGGCUCACCGACAACUUCAUCGCGGCCGUGCGCCGAAGGGACUUCGCCAACAUGACCAGCCUGGUGCACCUCACCCUGUCCCGUAACACCAUCGGUCAGGUGGCAGCAGGCGCCUUCGCCGACCUCCGCGCCCUCCGCGCCCUGCACCUGGAUAGCAACCGCCUAGCUGAGGUGCGUGGCGACCAGCUCCGCGGCCUGGGCAACCUCCGCCACUUGAUCCUCGGGAACAACCAGAUCCGCCGGGUGGAGUCAGCUGCCUUCGACGCCUUCCUGUCUACCGUGGAGGACCUGGACCUGUCCUACAACAACUUGGAAGCCCUGCCCUGGGAGGCAGUGGGCCAGAUGGUGAACCUGAACACGCUCACGCUCGACCACAAUCUUAUCGACCACAUUGCCGAAGGCACCUUCGUGCAGCUCCACAAACUGGUCCGCCUGGACAUGACCUCCAACCGCCUCCAUAAACUGCCACCCGACGGGCUCUUCCUGAGGUCACAGGGUGCAGGACCCAAGCCGCCCACGCCCCUGACCGUGAGCUUCGGAGGCAACCCCCUGCAUUGCAAUUGCGAGCUGCUGUGGCUGCGCCGGCUGACCAGAGAGGACGACCUGGAGACGUGUGCCACUCCUGAGCACCUCACGGACCGCUACUUCUGGUCCAUCCCCGAGGAGGAGUUCCUGUGCGAACCUCCGCUCAUCACGCGACAGGCUGGUGGCCGUGCGCUGGUGGUGGAGGGCCAGGCUGUCAGCCUGCGCUGCCGUGCUGUGGGUGACCCCGAGCCGGUGGUGCACUGGGUGGCACCCGAUGGGCGGCUGCUGGGGAACUCGAGUCGGACCCGAGUCCGCGGUGACGGCACCUUGGACGUGACCAUCACCACGCUGCGGGACAGUGGCACCUUCACUUGUAUCGCCUCCAACGCGGCGGGGGAAGCCACGGCGCCCGUGGAAGUGUGCGUGGUGCCCCUGCCGCUGAUGGCACCCCCGCCAGCCGCCCCACCGCCCCUCACUGAACCUGGUUCUUCUGAUAUCGCCACGCCGGGCCGACCCGGGACCAACGACUCAACGGCAGAGCGCCGGCUGGUGGCUGCGGAGCUCACGUCUAGCUCGGUGCUCAUCCGCUGGCCGGCACAGAGGCCCGUGCCCGGCAUCCGCAUGUAUCAAGUCCAGUACAACAGUUCGGCGGAUGACUCCCUUGUCUACAGGAUGAUCCCGUCCACCAGCCAGACCUUCCUGGUGAACGACCUGGCGGCUGGCCGCGCCUACGACCUGUGCGUGCUGGCCGUCUAUGACGACGGGGCCACCGCUCUGCCGGCCACGCGGGUGGUGGGCUGCGUGCAGUUCACCACGGCCGGCGACCCUGCGCCCUGCCGCCCACUGAGGACCCACUUCCUGGGUGGCACCAUGAUCAUCGCCAUCGGGGGCGUCAUCGUCGCCUCGGUCCUCGUCUUCAUCGUCCUGCUCAUGAUUCGCUACAAGGUGUACGGCGACGGGGAUAGCCGCCGGGUCAAGGGCACGUCCAGGUCGCCCCCGAGGGUCAGUCAUGUGUGCUCGCAGACCAACGGCGGAGCAGGUGCACCCCAGGUCCCACCCGCGCAGGACCGCUACGAGGCACUGCGUGAGGUGACCACCCCGGCCGCGGAGACCAAGGCCGAGGCGGCUUCGGCAGAGGCGGAGGUGGCCCUUCUUGGACGCUCCCUGGGCGGCUCGGCCACCUCACUGUGCCUGCUGCCGUCGGAAGAAACUCCCGGGGAAGAGGCUCGGGCUGCCACGGGCCCUCGGAGGAGCCGCUCGGGGGCCCUGGGGCCGCCGGCUUCGGCGCCCCCCACGCUAGCCCUGGUUCCUGGGGGGACCUCAGGCCGGCCUCGGCCUCAGCAGCGCUAUUCCUUCGACGGGGACUACGGGGCGCUCUUCCAGAGCCACAGUUACCCGCGCCGCGCCCGGCGGACAAAGCGUCACCGGUCCACGCCGCACCUGGACGGGGCCGGAGGGGGCGCGGCCGGGGAGGAUGGAGACUUGGGGCUGGGCUCCGCCCGGGCGCGCCUGGCUUUUACCAGCACCGAGUGGAUGCUGGAGAGUACCGUGUGAGCGCCAGGACGCAGGGGUGUCCCGCAGACAGACGCCCAGCCGCCGCCGUCGGACUGGCGGGGAGCGGCGCCCUCCUCUUCCUCCUCCUCUGCCUCCUGCUCCCGGGAGGGGGGGUGGUUUGGCUCGAAGUCAGGCCCCUCACGACCAACCCGAGAGGGAAGGAGGAGGAGGGCGGGCUGCGGCCUCCCCUCCCCGCGGGCUGUUCGCCCCUCUCCCGGCCCUCCACCCCCGCGCACUCGCGGACCUCGCUGGAGCCGGUGCCUUACACAGCGAAGCGCGGGGAGGGGCAGGGCCCCCCCACCACUGCAGCACUGAGACACGAGCCCUCUCCCCCAGCCCGGGACCGGGGCCGGGGCGAGGGGCCCAUUUCUUGUAUCUGGCUGGACUAGAUCCUAUUCUGUCCCGCGGCGGCCUCCAAAGCCCCCUCCCCCGCACCCCACGUACCUCCCUGGUCCCGUCGGGUCUGGCUUGGGGUCCUCUCUCUUUGCCUCCCUUACCCCCGUUUGUCUCUUCUGUUCUCCGGAGUCUGUCUUAUGUCCCUGUCUUGUGUCUCGUCUCCCUCUGCCCUCCCUUAUGGGUCCAGCGUCCCUGUGUUCCCCGACCCCGACACCCACCCGAGUCUCUCUCCACGCUACCCAAUUCCCCCCUCCCCGGGCGGGUCCCACUGGAAGGACCAGACUCUCCCUGUCUCCCCAGGUAAAUCCCCACAUGAACAAAAUCCAAAACCAAAUCCUACUCCGCACUGGAGCUGGGACCCAC